GGAAACAAAGAAGGAGUUGGGGCUCCUCAGUCCCUCUUCUGUUGGAGGUGAAAGAGUGAAGAACCCUUUGCUGUUAAAAACGCUUCUUAAAUUCCAGUGCAAACACAGCUAGAGUUGCAUUCUGCUCACAGUUUUUUGUACAAUGGCUCUGAGGUUAAGCUACGCAAGCUCUGUAUCUGUCGCAGGGCUCGGCUAUCUCGUUACAGCAGCUGUUCUUCUUUCAGCUGUGCCUGUCAGCAUGGUGGAACACGCUGAAUUUCUGAAGGCUGGAAAGGAGCCGGGCCUACAGAUCUGGCGGAUUGAGAAAUUUGAUUUGGUACCUGUGCCAAAAAACCUGUAUGGAGACUUCUUCACUGGAGAUGCUUAUCUGGUUCUGAACACCGUCAAACAGCGGAGUGGGAACCUGCAGUAUGAUCUGCAUUUCUGGUUAGGGGAUUUCUGUAGUCAGGAUGAAAGCGGUGCAGCUGCCAUAUUCACUGUCCAGAUGGACGAUUAUCUUCACGGGAAGGCUAUCCAGCAUCGGGAGGUGCAAGGGCACGAGUCUUCAACUUUCCUGGGAUACUUCAAAUCUGGCCUGAAGUACAAAACUGGUGGAGUUGCUUCUGGCUUCAAGCAUGUGGUUCCCAAUGAGGUGGCUGUCCAAAGAGUCCUUCAGAUCAAAGGCAGACGAGUGGUUCGAGCUACUGAGGUCCCUGUGAGCUGGGACAGUUUCAACAAUGGAGAUUGUUUCAUCCUUGAUCUGGGCAGUGACAUCCACCAGUGGUGCGGCUCCAAGAGCAAUCGGUUUGAGCGGCUGAAGGCCACCCAGGUGGCUAAGGGGAUCCGGGAUAAUGAGCGGAGUGGCCGUGGCAAAGUCUACGUCAUGGAGGAAGGGUCAGAGCGGGAGCAAAUGCUGCAGGUUCUGGGACCUAAGCCCGAUCUGCCAGAAGGAGUCGCUGAUGACCUCAAAGCUGAUGCAUCCAAUAGAAAGCUGGCUAAGCUGUAUAAGGUCUCCAAUGGUGCAGGGAACAUGGCUGUCUCUCUGGUGGCAGACGAGAAUCCGUUCUCCCAGGCUGCACUGGACUCCAACGACUGCUUCAUUCUGGACCAUGGCUCUGAUGGGAAAAUCUUCAUUUGGAAAGGCAAGAAGGCCAACUCCGAAGAGAAGAAGGCAGCCCUGAAAACUGCCUCCGAGUUCAUCUCCAAGAUGCAGUACCCCAAACACACCCAGGUCCAAGUCCUGCCCGAGAGCGGCGAGACCCCCUUGUUCAAGCAGUUCUUCAAGAACUGGCGGGACAGAGACCAGACGGAGGGGCUAGGCACAGCCUACAUCUCCAGCAACAUCGCCCAGGUCGAGAAGGUGCCCUUCGACGCCGCCACGCUGCACAACUCCACAGCCAUGGCUGCCCAGCACGGCAUGGAGGACGAUGGCUCUGGCAAGAAACAGAUCUGGAGAAUAGAAGGCUCUGCUAAAGUGCCCGUGAAUCCUUCGCUGUAUGGCCAGUUCUACGGAGGGGACAGCUACAUUAUCUUGUAUGACUACAAGCACAGUGGAAAAACGGGACAGAUUAUCUACACUUGGCAGGGUGCAGAUUCCUCCCAGGAUGAGAUUACAACCUCCGCAUUCCUCAGUGUCCAGCUGGACGAAGAGCUGGGAGGCAGCCCCGUGCAGAAACGAGUGGUGCAGGGAAAAGAGCCAGCUCAUCUGAUGAGCAUGUUUGGCAAGAAACCUUUGAUUGUCUACAAGGGUGGAACCUCCAGGGAUGGAGGCCAGACGGCACCAGCCGCAACACGGCUGUUUCAGGUCCGGUCCAGCACCUCUGGAGCCACCAGAGCCGUGGAGCUGGAUGCUGUUGCCAGUGAACUGAACUCCAACGAUGCGUUUGUCCUGAAAACUCCCUCCACUGCUUACCUUUGGGUUGGCCAAGCAGCCAGCGACACCGAGAUAUCUGGGGCACAAGAGCUGCUGAAGAUUCUGGGAGCUCGCCCAGUACAAAUUGCUGAGGGAAGCGAGCCAGAUAGCUUCUGGGAAGCUCUGGGUGGAAAAGCAGCAUAUCGCACCUCCCCCCGGCUGAAGGACAGGAAGAUGGAUGUUAACCCCCCUCGCCUCUUUGCCUGCUCAAACAAGAGCGGACGCUUCAUUAUUGAAGAGGUUCCUGGAGAGCUAACCCAAGAUGACCUUGCUACAGAUGAUGUUAUGAUCCUUGACACAUGGGACCAGGUCUUUGUCUGGAUUGGAAAUGAGGCUAAUGAAGAGGAAAAGACUGAGGCCAUGACAUCAGCUAAAAGGUACAUUGAGACUGAUCCUGCCAACCGAGAUAAGAGAACGACUAUCGCGAUCAUCAAGCAAGGAUUCGAACCUCCCACCUUCUCUGGCUGGUUCCUAGGCUGGGAUGACGAUUACUGGACAGUUGAUCCUCUCGAGAGGGCAAUGGCAGAGCUGGCUGCCUAAGUAAAGAGGAUCCUUUUUUAAAUAGAGCAAGUUUGGUGCCUUCAGUGCCUACAGAGCUACGUCCUCCUGCAGGAGACACAUUAAUGUGGCCACUGUUUUUAAUAGCCAACUAGCUGUGCAAUAAUUAAAGAAAUUCAUGAUGAGUCCUAUCACGCUACCCACUGCUUUGAACAUGGUAUUUAAUACAAUAAAGCUUACAUGGAACGUGCGAACACUAAAAA